CCUCUCUCCAUCCCUUUAUUUCACCUUGCAAACCGCUCGAGUGACACAGUCAAGACGGAGACCACAAGCAUCCAACAGCUUCGAUGGGAGACACAAGCCACAACGCGGAGACAAUGGAGAUCCAGGGAUACAGCAGUCCCAAUGCGGAUGAAUUGAUCAACGACCACUAUCUUAAAAAGGGUGCAAUCCUGGUGGAUGGGGUGGUCUUGAAUGGGCCUCUGCUGGAUGCAAAAGCAGGAGAGAAGUUUGUUGAAGAGGCGUUCCCUAUCAUCAUGGAAGAUGCCAUAAAGAAAGCGACUGAUGUCAAUGAGAAGGUCUGUGAAUGGCAGCCUCCUGAAGAGCUCAUAAAGCUUCUUGACCUGGAAUUGAGGGACACAGGAGAAUCCCAUCACCAGCUGCUACAACGUUGUCGGGAUGUUAUAAAGUACAGUGUGAAAACAGGCCAUCCAAGAUUCUAUAACCAGCUAUAUGCCGGGAUGGAUCAUUAUUCUCUUGUUGCCCGCUUUAUCACUGAAGCUCUCAAUCCCAGCAUCUACACUUAUGAGGUUGCACCAGUCUUUGUACUCAUGGAGGAAGCUGUUCUGAAGAAGAUGAGGGAGUUUAUAGGCUGGACAAAAGGAGAUGGUAUCUUCAGCCCUGGAGGCUCUGUUUCCAACAUGUAUGCUGUAAAUCUAGCCCGGUACAAGUACUGUCCGGAGUUAAAGGAGUUUGGGCUUUCAGGUUCACCCCCUUUGGCAAUGUUCACAUCUGAGGAGUGCCACUACUCUGUGAAGAAAGCUGCCGCCUUCCUUGGAAUUGGCACCCGCAAUGUCUACAUGGUGAAAGCUGACAAAAGAGGGAAGAUGAUACCUGAAGAGUUGAAGAAAGAAAUCCAAAGAGCCAAGAAAGAAGGGGCUUUGCCUUUUAUAGUCAUUGCUACUGCAGGAACCACAGUGCUGGGAGCGUUUGACCCUCUGAAUGAGAUUGCGGACAUCUGUGAAGCAGAGGGGAUCUGGUUCCACGUUGAUGCAUCAUGGGGAGGCGGUGCGUUGAUAUCCAGAAAACAUCGUUCUCUUCUGAAUGGUAUCCACAGGGCUGACUCGGUUGCCUGGAAUCCACACAAGAUGCUGAUGGCUGGUAUCCAGUGCUGUGCUUUUCUUCUGAAGGACAACACAGGCUUGAUUGACAGAUGCCACUGUGGUCAGGCUAUGUACCUCUUCCAACAGGAUAAGUUCUACAAUGUUGAUUAUGAUAAAGGUGACAAGUCGAUCCAAUGCAGCCGAAGGGCUGACGCUUUCAAAUUCUGGUUGACAUGGAAGGCUGUUGGAUCAAGUGGACUGGAGGAGAGAGUCAAUCGGGCUUUUGCAUCUGCCAGGUACUUGGCUGAUGAAAUCAAGAAGAAGAAAGAAUUCCGAUUGAUUCUGGAGCCGGAGUACACAAAUGUCUGCUUUUGGUACAUACCACCCAGCCUUAGGGAUGUGCCUGAGGAUGAGGAUUUCUGGAAGAAGCUUCACAUGGUUGCACCAGUAAUUAAGGAGAGGAUGAUGAAGAAAGGCAGCAUGAUGGUUGGUUACCAGCCUCACCGUGACAAGGUUAACUUCUUCCGUCAAAUCAUCAUCAGCCCCCUGGUCAGCCGUGAGGAUAUGGACUUUAUUCUCAAUGAGAUCGACAGCCUGGGGAAGGAUUUGUAAUUUGGAUUGAAGGUGUAGAUGAUAAGAUAUGUUUACAAGAAAAAGUUUCAAGUUGUUCAGGGUUUAGCUUAGAAAACUAGGCAGAACUGACUUGUACUGUACUCAUUUUAGCAUGAACAAAAUUAACUUUGAUGAAGCAGAUUUCACCCUUCAGAACACAUAUACUUGCUUAUUUUACAGAACAAAUGAUGAGGCUUAGUGGAAUCUUAGGGAAAUAUUUUUAACCUAUAUUUGUAUUGAGUUGCUGUUAUCUAGUGUUAUAAUAUAAAUGCCAUGCCUACAUAGUAGUGUACAUCUUUGCUAUCCUGUGUGUGCCUGAACUUCAAAAGGAAAAACUGACCACCUAUGAAUUUGCCUAUUGCUUACAAAAUUAUGAACAUAUAGCUCUAUGGCUCCCACUUUGAAUGCCCCCUUUAAUUGUUUUGUUGCUGGAGCCACAUGUCCUAAAAUAUGUUUCAUCCCAGCAAUGAGCCAUGCGCAAGAUCAGUGGCCAUAAUCCAGCAGUAGGAAGGAAGAUGUGGCAAAUCAGGAAAAGAUGUUACCAAUGCUACUAGCAUGGGAAUAAAAAAGUAAUUCUUUCAGUUGGAAUAUUAGAUUAUAUUUGAGAAAAGUAAAAAUUAUUGUUUAGCAUAUUGUGUGUUGUCAGUUACAGAGCAAUUGUAAGCUUGUCAACUUGUGUUCCUUAUAUGAAGAAGACAGGGAAACUAGAGUUCGCCAAUUGUGCAAUAUUAAAUAGGUACGGUUUUUUGUAGUUAAUAUAACAGAUAAUAUAUUGCCACUGUAUUAAUAGCAGCAGUGAGGCGGUUGUCACAUUAAGCAAAAAGGCAGGGUCACUUCAGUUGUUUCUUGAAAUUAUUUCUGAAGCUUGUUAGAUAUUUUACAGAGAAACAAUUUUUUUUUGCACUUGAACCUUUUUAAGGAAUGGUAUAAAAAUCUCUUAAAGGGAUGCUUUCUCCUAGCAAGCUGGAAUUUCUGUUUGUAAACAUCCCUCCUCGGGCUGAUGGUCAUCCAAACAUCCAGGUAUCUAACUGCCUGCUUGAGGUCCAGUAAUAGUACUUCUGACAGUUUUGAAUUGCAUGCUUUUUACCUAGAAUUUUUAUUUCAAAACUUUCAAAAGUAGCCUAUUAUUGGAAAGAUCACUGCAGAUGAAAGGCGCUGCUAUGUUAGAUUAUGCUGUUUCUUAUUAGUAAAAUGUGUUGCCUGUAAUAAGGUAUCACUGUAUCAUGAUGACUCACCCUUUCCAUAAGACGAAAGUGCGCCUUUAAAACAGCCAUUUUAUCAGUGUAAUAUAAAGUGUUUUUGAUUGGCCCAGUGCUAGCUUAUACAUUACUUACUUUGAUCUCCUAAGAUCAUUCCGGAGAUGUGAGCUUUAAACAAAAUAUUUUGCAUAUAAGUAUACAGGUCAGGAAAUGCACUUCAGAAAUGUACCAGAGAUUAGCCACUAAAUUAGAACUUGCUUUCUUUUGUAAAGAUUCAACACUUUAGGCUCUUCAGGCCUCGUUAACUCUGGAAACAUUAAUAUUUCUUGAAUAGAAGGACAAUUCCAACUUUUAAAAGACACCUGAACAAAUCUGAUGAGUUAGUCAGUUUUAAAAGACAGACCAUGUUCACUGGCCUUGAUUAGCUGGACCCACAAGCCAUCAGAAUACCAAGGCAAAGCACUUCUUUGCAUAUUUUUUUUAUUUUCUCUUUAAGUACCUCAACCUUGUUCUAACAUUCCUAUUAUUUCUCUCUCUAAACUACUGGGUCAAGACAAUUUGCACCGGAGAGAUUAAAUUCCAUCUCUUCUGACCUUAAUGAGAAAAAAAUCCCUCAAAGCCUGUUUUACUCACCAGAAAAAAACACAUGUUUUAACGGUGAGAAAGGUUUCUUUACCCAGAGGGAAGCGGCUGAGAUUAUAACGGGAGAGGGAUAUUGAUAACUGAUGAUCGAUCUCCACAGUCCAUUUGUUUUAAUUCUGACCUUUACCAGCAAUCAGUGGUUCUAUUUUCAUGAGAUUAUUCUGUUAUAAUUUAUUGAUAGGUAUGUUGAAUUGCUUUCGUUGUCCUCUUGAGAAAUUGAGAAAAUUGCUCAUCAAACAACACAUCAGGAUUUAUUGGCAAUAAAUCCUAUCCAUAGUAAUGGAGGAAAAAAGGAGAAAAAUCAGUUUGUAAAUUUUCAGGUAGAAUUUAUUGAUAAUAUUUUUGACAGAAUUCACUGAUAAAAUCGAUUGAUUUGGAUUCUUAAGAAAUCCAUCUAGCAAGAGGGUUUUCACUGAUUGCUGUUUGUAGCGAGAAUUUUAAAUGCAUGUCCAAAGAACACAUUUAUGAUUCUGCCACAAACAAAACACAGGGAAAUCUUCCUCCUUGAUGCUGAAAAAAAAGUUGAAAUAUUUAGCAAAAGAUUGGAGCACAUCAGCCACCAUCAUAUUAAUAGAAUCUGUGAUUGGUCAGUUAUCUCUAUGGUUGUCAGUCCUCCUGGAUUGUCGUGGAAAUUCGAGGAAUUAAAGAUUAAGCUCCAGGGCACUGCAGCAAGCAAAAACCCAGGAGAAAAAUCAUUGACACAAUUUUAAAAAUUGUUUAUUUUUUAAAGGUUCUUUGAACGCUUCUGUUUACUAGCUAUAAACAUAUUGAAUAUGGGAGAAAAUGCUGUUUGAAUGACAGUUAAAAAUCCCCCAAUCAAUUCACAAAGUGUCUACUCACUUUCCAAUUAGCUGUGAUGACAGUGCACUAUGAGAAUGGGCAUGAUGGGUAGCCAAUGGCAGCAGUGUGGGGCAGGGAAGUUGGAGGCAGAAGGUCAUGUAAUGACGCCUUCGGGUUUAUGUCCAACCAAAUUUGUCAACCUUAGACCCUUCUUGGUCUCUUAGGUCAGCCAUUUUAUGUUGUGUUGCUAACAUUCGGUUAAUGUUGGGGAAAUAUACCUUUAUGAUAACAAAUAAAACCGAAUAAUCAUCAAUUGAGAAUAAAACAAAUCUGAGAGUAGAAUUUUACUGAAUAAAUGAGGUCACAUGAUUUCCUUUCUCUAACACUCCAUGUAUGUGCAUGUUGUGUAUUGUGCUGCUUUUCUGCUUAAUAUGAUGUCACUGUAGAAAAAGUUGCCACCAGGACUAGACACUACAUCUGAAAGUAAAACUGCUUAUGAAGUGAUUGUUAUCUGUGUUUGCAGUGCUACUUAACUCCUAGUUACAUUGCGCUAUCACUAUUGGUGCCAGUGUUUGAUUGUCUACGAUGUGAUGCUGGACUCCACUGAACUACUCUAGUGAACACCUAGAGUGAAACCUUAUGGUAACUUUCCUGUAUGUAGUGCAGUUUCAGCAGUGUUUUCAAAAUGCAGCAUUUUAGGUGUUUUGGAACGUUUAGUCUAAAGUAGAACCAAGACAUCAAUUUUUUUUACACUUAAUUUAUUGGGCUGAAUGUACUUGAAUGAGACUAGAGGUGAUAACUUAUGUUUCGACAUAUAAAAGUAAGACUUCUGUAUUUAAUGCGGUGAAAUAAAAAGUCUAAUUAA